UGACCCUUUUUUCCUAACAGGAAUUUCUCUGGGAAUUGGGCUGCUCACAACUUUUAUGUAUGCAAACAAAGCCAUUGUAAAUCAGGUUUUCCUAAGAGAAAGGUGCUCCAGACUACGGUGUAUGUGGUUGCUACUGUUCUUGAUGGGGUCAUCUGUUUUCAUCUAUUACACCUUCUACUCUCAGUCGCUUCAUUACAGCUUGAUCCUCUUAAAUCCCAAGGUGGAUUUUUGGAACUUCUGGGAGGUGCUCUGGAUUGUGGGAAUCACUGAUUUCGUUUUGAAGUUCAUCUUCAUGAGCCUGAAAUGCACCGUUCUCCUGCUGCCUUGUUUUAUCAUGUCUCUUAAAUCCAAGGGUUACUGGUAUAUGCUGUUGGAAGAGCUUUGCCAGAUCUAUUCUAAAGUGGUUCCUGCCCCUGUGUGGUUUCGAUAUUUCGUUGGCUUUAGGGAAUUGGAUGGCACCAUCGGGUGGAGUUUUGGCAUCUUGCUGGCUCUGCUGUACCUUAUCCUAAAGCUUUUGAGUUUUUUUGCACAACUGAAAAACUUCAGAAGGGUCUUACGGAUAUUUUUUACACGACCGAGCUACGGCGUGGUGGCCAGCAAGAGACAGCGUGCCGAAGCAGACGAUCUUUGUGCCAUUUGUCAAGCUGAAUUUCAGAAGCCGGUUGUCCUCCUCUGUCAGCACAUAUUUUGCGACGAGUGCAUCGCUCUGUGGCUGAACCGGGAAAAGACGUGUCCCCUCUGUCGAACAGUCCUUUCCACUCACGUGAACAAGUGGUAUGAUGGCGCAACCUCUGCACAAUUGCAACUCUAUUAAACAAACUAAAAAUAAAAGUGGCUGUGUGCUUCACAAUAUAGACUCAUUUGAGCACCAGGCGUGCGCGUUGUAGAGGACAUGACUGGAAGGAGGAGAGAGGGACACAGAAGGAAUAGUGCUUUGUUCUCUCCACUGACUCUAUUGGAAUUCGUUCAGAUUCUUACAGCCUGUAUCCUACUUAAUUUUUCAUAUGCUGCUGCUGGGAAAUUCUCAAAUUUCUGAGUAUCUAAAGAUUAUUUUUUACCGUCUACCAAAUCAGCAAUGGGGAUACCUUGACUGCCUUCCAGUAUUAACAUCUGGUGUGUGCAAACUUUAGAUUCUGAGGUACAAAAUCCACCUUGUAGGAUUUGGCAUUAUCGGGGCGCUUCUACUCAUUGUACCUGGCCGUCACACAGCAAGAAUCAUGGAAUCGUUUCUGCUUUCCAUGUCUGUAAAUCUCAACUUUCAAUUAUGCAAACGUGGAUGAAAUUUUCUUUUAUUUUCUAAGUCUGAAUUUUAAAGAACAAAGGUUUUGGCCUCUAUUUUGUCAAAAGCAGCUAGAUUUUUACUAAAGAGUUAAGCUGUAUUUUAGCUAUACUUUUUUUUAAAAAAAUGUAGCGUAUGAUUGAUGAAAAUAAAUGCAGUUUGAAUCUGU